AUGUCUCCCAAAUCCAAGGACUCCCUAGAGGUACAGCCUCGUUCCAAAUCCGGGCGCUCCCCUAGCCGCUCCCCUAAACCGAAGAAUCGCAAGAAGGCGCCGGCGGGCAGUUCGAACUAUGGAUCGGACGGCGUUUCGGAUAACAACAUCUUCAAUCUCCCCGGCUCGGAUUACAAGACCCUUGUUCUGGUCACCCUGAUCGCCGCGGCCGUUCGCCUGUUCCGGAUCUACCAGCCUUCCAGCGUCGUCUUCGAUGAAGUCCACUUCGGUGGUUUCGCGACGAAAUAUAUCAAAGGCCGCUUUUUCAUGGACGUCCACCCCCCUCUCGCCAAGCUUCUCAUUACACUCGCCGGCUGGCUGGCCGGAUUCGACGGCAACUUUGAUUUCAAAGACAUUGGCAAGGAUUAUCUCGAGCCUAAGGUUCCCUAUGUCGCGAUGCGCAUGCUUCCGGCUGUUCUGGGUAUCCUGACGGUUCCCCUGAUGUUCUUGACUCUCAAGGCGUCGGGAUGUCGCACUCUGGCUGCUGUCUUGGGAGCCGGCGUGGUGAUCUUUGAAAACGGACUCAUCACUCAAUCGCGCUUGAUCCUUCUGGAUUCGCCGCUAGUAUUCUUUACUGCGCUCACAGCCUUGGCAUUCACCAGUUUCACGAACCAACACGAGCUGGGACCUUCUCAUGCCUUCCGUGCGCCCUGGUGGUUCUGGUUGGCGGCGACUGGUCUCUCUCUUGGUGCCACCCUCAGCGUUAAAUGGGUUGGUCUGUUCACUGUUGCCUGGGUUGGCUCUCUGACCAUCCUCCAAUUGUGGGUGCUGCUUGGCGACAACAAGACCGUUACCUCGCGCCUGUGGUUCAAACACUUUUUCGCUCGAGUCUUUUGUCUUAUCAUCAUCCCGCUAGGAUUCUACUGUGGAAUGUUCGCUAUCCAUUUCCUCUGCUUGGUCAACCCCGGAGAAGGCGACGGAUUCAUGUCCUCCGAGUUCCAGGCGACAUUGAACUCGAAGUCGAUGCAAGAUGUGCCCGCCGACGUGGUAUUUGGCUCUCGCGUCAGCAUUCGUCACUUUAACACCCAGGGUGGCUACCUUCACUCCCACAACCACAUGUACCCCACCGGAAGUAAGCAACAGCAGAUUACUCUCUACCCUCACAAGGACGAGAACAACAUUUUUGUCCUCGAAAACCAGACUCAGCCUCUGGGCCCCCACGGCGAAGUCGAGGGACCUCUUGCCUGGGAUAACAUCACUGCGGAUUACAUCGAAGACGGCGCCGUCGUCCGGCUGAACCAUUUGAUCACGCACAGACGAGUUCACUCCCACGAUGAACGGCCUCCUGUGACCGAUGUUGAUUGGCAAUACGAGGUCUCUGCUUACGGCUACGAGGGUUUCCCUGGCGAUGCGAAUGAUUUCUUCCGAGUGGAGAUUGUCAAGUCCAUGUCCGACGGCGAAGAAUCGAAGAAGCGCCUGCGAACCAUCCAAUCCAAGUUCCGUUUGGUGCAUGUGAUGACUGGCUGCGUCUUGUUUUCUCACAAGGUGAAGCUUCCUGAAUGGGGAUUCGACCAACAGGAAGUUACAUGCGCCCGAGGCGGUACUCUGCCCAACAGUGUCUGGUACAUCGAAGCCAAUGCGCAUCCCAUGUUGCCUGAGGAUUCGGAGAAGGUCAACUACCGUCACCCGGGAUUCCUGGGUAAAUUCUGGGAACUUCAGAAGGUCAUGUGGAAGACCAACGCCGGUUUGACCGAGUCCCAUGCCUGGGAUUCGCGCCCCCCUUCGUGGCCCACUCUACUUCGCGGUAUCAACUUCUGGGGUAAAGACCACCGCCAGGUCUACCUGCUUGGAAACCCGGUCAUUUGGUGGUCCUCGACGGUGGCGAUUGGUGUCUACCUCCUGUUCAAGGGUGUGUCUAUUCUCCGCUGGCAGCGCAGCUGCGGUGACUAUCGCAAUGUCAACUUCAAGAGAUUCGACUACGAAAUUGGCAGCAGCGUGCUCGGGUGGGCUUUCCACUACUUCCCCUUCUACCUCAUGGCUCGCCAACUGUUCCUGCAUCACUACUUCCCGGCUCUUUACUUUGCCCUUAUUGCUCUUUGCCAGGAGUUUGACUUCCUCACUGGCCGUAUCCAGAGUCUUGGCCUCCCGUCUCGACCGGUUAUCGGCAAAGGCUUGGCUGGAAUUUUCCUCGCUGCAAGCAUCUUCGCUUUCACUCUCUACUCGCCUCUCGUCUAUGGCAACCCCUGGACGCAAGAUGCCUGCCGUAAGGUUAAGCUCUUAGAUUCCUGGGAUUUCGAUUGUAACACUUUCCACACCGACCUUGGCCAAUAUGUGACCGAAUUCCUGCACCGUGGCUCUGCCGUUCCCACCACGGAAGCCGUUCUGCCGCAUGAGCAACUUCAAAUUCCCGUGGCGCAGCCACCCCAGGAGAAGCAGGAGGUUCAGCAAGGCGAGGCCGAGGCCCAUGGUCAAGAAGCUCAAGAGGCAAAUGUGACCGCGGAGCCUGAGAAGCCUCGUUCGAAGGCCCGCGUGGAGUACCGCGACCAAGACGGAAACGUGUUGGACGAACACAUGGUCGCUUCGCUGGCAAAGGAGGGCAAGGUUUCAUUUGAGACCCGCCAUGAAACCCGGACUCGGUUGGCUAACGGCCACGAGGUGGAUAUGGUCGACGGUCAAGUUGCUCCGCCUCACCCGGACGUGGAGGGUCAAAAUCCCGAAACUCAGGGCAAGCAGGAAGCGCAAGCUGAAGAGAGUCCUGCUUCGGCCGCUGGAGAGGGCAGCUCGGUUGAGGAGCAAAACUCCCCCGAGCCGAAGCCCGCCAGCGAGGGUCAAGAGGCUACCCAACUCUAA